AUGCCCUUCAUCCACUCAAGCCUCGAUAACACUCUGCUGCACUACGUCGACUAUAAACCAGCAGCAAGUCCCCCGCGUUUCCAGCCGACCGGUGAUGCAGCCAAAGACCACAGCAAGAGCGACAUUGCACUGGUGUUCAUCCAUGGAUGGCCAAUGUCCCAUCAAAUGUACGAACAUCUGAUGCUACCCCUGUGCGAAACCUACGGCAUCCGGUGCAUCGCCCCUGAUCGACGCGGCUUCGGGAAGAGCGACUGGAACACCAGCGACAGCAAGGAUGUCACAUACGACACCUUCUCCCAGGACAGCAUCGAUGUCAUCGAGGCUGCCAAGCUGCAGAGCUUCUUCUUCGUAGCCAGCAGCAUGGGAUGCGGCGAGACGCUCCUGGCCUACCUCCAGAUGCCAGCAGACCUUCGGAAGCAAUGUCGUGGGUUCAUAUGGCUGGGUCCAUCCCUGCCGUUCCCGCUGGCGACCGCGGCAAACCCCAAGGCGCCGUCCCGAUCGCUAUGGGAUAUGAUCUUGACCGGGAUCCGAGAAGAUCGAACGGGCUUUACCAGAGCUGCGCUCCCGGGCGUGUUUGGGAUUCCAUUCAAUAUCGGCAUUGAAGUCCCCGAGACGGUGCUGCAGAAGUUUGAAGGAAUCGUUGCACAGGCCGAUGUACUCGCCGUCGAGAGAUGCGUCCAGAUCAUCACGAACAGAGACUUUACCGAAGACCUGAAGGAGCUCAACGGGCAAGAUGUAAAGCUACUUGUCAUUCACGGGGACAACGACCAGAGCAAUCCCGCUGAAGCCACCGCUCAUCUCAUUCCGAAACUUGCAAAGCAAGCCGAAGUCAAGAUCUACGAAAGGGCCGCGCAUGGAAUGUACCUCACACAUGCGGCAAAGGUCUUGGAGGAUAUCCUCGCUUUCGUAUUCGGAAAGUAA